UAUAAACUCAAAAGCACAGUCCCGGACGGCGUUGUUAUUGUUCGGUUAGAAGAGUUUCAGGGAGGUCGAUGCAUUGUUUUGGGGGAUGUACACCACCAUUAGCAGGAUAAUUUAACAUAAACAUCUGUACAUGCAUGCCUGACUUGGGGUGUAUUUCGAUAUCAUAGCAUUGCAUUUUACCGGUAGUGGUAAGCUAACAAGUGAGGUCCCAAAGAAGCCGAUGGAUGCGCGGGUAUCGGAGUUAUUUAGCUCAGGAAAUGGCUCUGGGUCUCAAGGUGUUGCCUCAAACAAUAAGCCGGGAAAUACCUAUGGGGCUUCCUCCAAAAAGGGUUGUGGAAAGAACAAAAAAACAAAAGCUCGAUACUCUCGGAACUUCAAACCAAGCAAUAACACCCCGUAUCUACCUCCAGAGGCUGAAGAGGGGAAUAUAGAGUACAAGCUGAAGCUGGUGAACCCCACACAGUACCGCUUUGAACAUCUGGCAACACAAAUGAAAUGGCGGCUACAGGAGGGUAGAGGCGAAGCUGUCUAUCAAAUAGGUGUUGAGGAUAAUGGCAUGUUGGUGGGACUGUCAGAGGAGGACAUGAGGGCGUCUCUAAAGACACUUCACAGACUUGCAGAGAAAGUUGGAGCUGACAUCACAGUCCUUCGAGAGCGGGAGGUGGAUUAUGACUCUGAUGUGCCUCGCAAGAUUGCUGAAGUUCUCAUUCGCAAGGUGCCAGAUGAUCAGCAGUUUUUAGACCUGCGAGUGGCAGUGCUAGGUAAUGUGGACUCUGGCAAGUCCACAUUAUUGGGUGUUGUGACACAGGGCGAGCUGGACAAUGGACGAGGAAGGGCAAGGCUCAACCUCUUCAGACAUUUGCAUGAGAUCCAGACUGGACGCACAUCAAGUAUCAGCUUUGAGAUCCUUGGCUUUAACAGUAAAGGAGAGGUUGUGAAUUACAGCGAGUCUCGGACAGCAGAGGAUAUCUGUGAGAGUGCCUCUAAAAUGAUCACAUUCAUUGAUCUGGCAGGUCACCACAAGUACCUAAAAACCACCAUCUUUGGCCUAACCAGUUACUGUCCAGAUUUUGCCAUGCUGGUUGUCAGCGCAAACACUGGCAUUGCUGGUACAACACGAGAGCAUCUUGGCCUUGCCAUGGCCUUGAAGGUGCCCAUCUUCAUUGUUAUCAGUAAAGUGGACCUCUGUACACGGGCCACGGUGGAGCGCACAGUACGGCAGCUGGAGCGUGUCUUGAAACAGCCAGGCUGCAACAAAGUGCCCAUGGUUGUAAGCAGUACAGACGAUGCUGUCACAGCAGCACAGCAGUUCGCCCAGUCACCCAAUAUCACCCCUAUCUUCACCUUGUCCAGUGUGACUGGUGAGAGUUUAGACCUGCUUAAGGUCUUCUUCAACAUCAUCCCUCCUCUUAGCAAUAGCAAGGAGCAGGAAGAACUUAUGCAGCAGCUAACUGAGUUUCAGGUUGAUGAGAUCUACACAGUUCCAGAGGUGGGGACGGUGGUGGGAGGUACUCUAUACAGUGGUAUUUGCCGUGAAGGGGAUCAUCUUGUGGUAGGGCCCACAGAUUCAGGCCAGUUCAACAUGUUGACCAUUGGCAGCAUCCAAAGGAAUCGCUCGGCAUGCAGGGUACUCAAGGCUGGCCAGGCUGCUACGCUCGCCCUGGGAAACUUUGACAGAUCACUGUUACGCAAGGGAAUGGUGAUGGUGAGUCCAGAGAUGGAUCCCACUAUCUGUUGGAUGUUUGAAGCUGAGAUUGUGCUACUCUUCCAUGCCAAGACCUUUCACAAGGGCUUCCAGGUUACUGUGCACAUUGGCAAUGUGAGACAAACUGCUACUGUGGAAGCUCUUUAUGACAAGGAGGAGCUGAGGACAGGGGAGAAGGCAGUGGUUCUGUUCAAGUUCAUCAAGCACCCAGAAUAUCUAAAGGUGGGGGCUAAGGUGCUCUUCAGAGAGGGGGCAACCAAAGGUAUCGGCCAUGUCACCAAGCUGCAGUCCGUCACCCAGUUCCGGCCAUCCCAAUUAGAGGAGGAUGAGGCCUAAAAUUUUGCUAAACACCCACAACCUGAAACACCGUCCUACCCCUAAACAAGGUGCUUAACAAAAAUCCUGCUUUCUGAAAAGGCCACUCUGCCCUGUUCCUGCACAGUCUACCGGAUUUUGUUGUUUUAUCAUAUUUUCCCAAAGCCUUAUUUCUAUCUGUCUUUAUCAGCAUUUUAAAUAACUGCUGAUAUUUUAAUCUGCUUUCUAGAGUUGAGGUUUAGAGUUGCUCUUGUGUUUUUGGCACCGAUAUAAAGGAAACUCCUCAACUCUCUGUACAAAAUAUAAACCCAGCAACAUCUACCAAAGUGUUUUUGAGAGUAUACAUAGUUGCAAUACACAGAUCCUUAAGUGUCACGUUGGAGAUUUUCACAUCUAUGUUUAGGUGCUGCUCGCUAAGUUUACAUCUUAAUGCACUCCUAAUCAAAAAUCGAUGUUCACACACAUUUGCACUGAACUAUAAAUGCCAGUGUUGAUAUACCUGAGGCAGAUAACUGCAAAGUAUGAGAUGCUUUGACAUGAAGGUGUAUUUGGUAUCACUUAGGUGAUAAAUCAUCAAUAACCCAGAGCAGCUACUGUUACCAGCAUAGUGCCUAGAAACCUCUGAUAUUGCGAUUUGAAUGCACCUAGACUAUAUCCUCCAAGAUAAAAGCAACAACAGUGAGAGAAAUUCUUGGGUCAUUGAAUCAAGCUGACAAGGGCACUUUUAAGAACAUGAAGGGGAGAAAUGUGAGCUAUGCGCCGUUAGAACUUGACCUAGUUUGUAAGUCAGUCUGCCAAGACAACCCGCAUUGGCAAUCACCGUUUAUCUGUCACGUUUGUCUGAGAGAAUUAUUUUUUAUUCACAAAUAUUGCCUCACGAUAGCCCGGUGGGAUUGUGACAGUCUUCCUGGUUAUCUUUCAAGUGCUUUAGUUACUCAGGACAUUGUAGAUAUUGUAUUAGACAGCAUUCCACUUUCACAGAACUACUCCAUUGGAGGCUUCUGUAGUUGAUUUGGGGGGUGAGGAGGAGAAAAAAUAGACCAUGUUUUAUCUCCCAAAGGUGUGUUUGAUUGUGCAUUAGUGUGUGAAGCUGCCUGUUGACGCAGCUUUAUUUAAAGGAAUUUAUAUUGGAGGUACUUGAUGUCAUCUAUUCACUAAAGUUACUGAUGUCACAAGCUUUGAUGGGUUUUACACAGUGCCUAGUGGAACUACCAUGUGAGUAGUCUUCCAUUACAGCCCAAAGUUUUACAACUUAGGAAAGAAAAUCUACUUAAGUUGGUGCUAUUAUUAGAAACAACUUUAAUUAUUUAAAAGAAGACUUUGAAAAUGAAUGUUAAUCAAUAUUUUGUUCGAGGCUGUUGUCUCACCGUCUGUCUUAUAUGUUGACCUGAUUUCUGAACACGUCCUAGCAACAUCAGUGAUACAUGACAACUUUUCAAUGCACUCUUUGGUGGCAUCCACUGUGUUGGUGCACCGUUUAUGUGCGGAAGACAGAAAUGUUUAAGAAUUUAUUUCAACCAAAUUAUUUUGUAGUAUUUAUAAAGAGUUUGGGUUCUAGUGUGUUUUAAAGCUUCACAGUUCUAUUUUAUAGAUUUCUAGUAGUUUCCAAUUUUUUGAAAACUUGUUCACAUUUUUAACUAUUGCGGAUUUUAACACCGGCACAUCUACACUGUUUUAAAAACAAGUUUAAGUCCAUUUUCCUUUGAAUUGAAAGUGUAAUAUUUUUUCAUUCUUUGGGUAAAUUGCAAUAUUUAUGUACAGAUCAAAUUUGUGUGUCAUGGUGUACAUAAAUAACUUUUAUUACCUCCUGAA